AUGCUCAUUGCCACCCUGCGGGAUCAAGUCCAGGACCUGUUCACCCAGGUCUCCCAACUGAACGGCAAACUCGUCCAGUCCUAUGGCCGCGUUGCCGACCUCGAGGAUGACAUCCACGCCCAUUCCUCCCAACUACGCGCAUCCUCGCUCAAGAUCGCCCAGCUCGAGCUCGAGCGCUCGCAGCACCUCUCCGCCCUCAACGAGGGUGUCCUCGUUGAGCGCUCGCAUGUCACCACCGAGCUUUCCCGCCUCAUGGAACGCGCAACGGAGGAGGCCGCCAGGCGUGGCCAGGCUGAAAGCGCGCGGGCUGAGAUCGAGAAGGACCUCGACGACCUUUCCGCCAACCUCUUUGGGCAGGCGAACACGAUGGUCGCCCAGGCGCGCGUGGCUCAGGCGAUCAGCGAGCGGAAGGUUGCCGAGGCGGAGCAGGCCCUGCGAGGUGCAGAGGAUGCCGUCGCGCUCAUGCAGCAGCAGAUGCAGGCCCUCCAGGAGGAGAAGGAGAUGGCACUCCGCGAGGCCGAGCAAAUGCGCUCGCGGAUGGGCAAGGGCAAAUGGAUUGAGAAGGAGCCCCAGACGCCGACUAUGGGACCGCUCCGGAUGCUCAGGCUGCAUGCGCCGUAUCAAGAAUUCAUACUCUUCGUAUCACAUUUGCGCUCGCUCCGGUCAUCGUCGACGACUCUCCCUGCGCUGUCCACGCUGCUUCCGUUGCCUCUGCUGGCCAGAUUGCAAACCGAAGACACUGAUCCUACCGUACGGCUCGACCUCGCCCCUUCACUCAAUUGGCUCUCCCGCCGUUCUGUUCUUUCGGCGAUCCACAACGGCGAGCUCAACAUCGAGCCCAUGACCGCCACACACCUCCUGCACGAGCUCUCCUCCACCAACAUCUCAUGUGCCCUUUGCGGCACUGCCAUCUUCCCUUCGGAUGCGGCAGACUCCAAGCACCCAAGACCACCGGCACACCCGCGCAGCCGAACCACGUCCUCGUCCGGCGCGUGGGUUUCAAGCGCGAGCUCCCUCUUCAAGAACACCCUCGGCAGCUCGACGCCCGUGUCCGCUGCCUCACCGCUACCCUCUCCCCCGCUAGAGCCUAAAGCACAGAAGCCAGCUCCGACGCAAAUCUACAUCUUCCGCCUUUCUCCUUCACACUCAACCUCAUCCCUGCCUAUGCCGCUCCCAUUGGGGUCAUCCCCAUCGCGCCAAGGCCACCCGACUACCCCGCUCUCGCCCACAUCCGCCAAGCCCGCGCAGAUCUACCCGCUCUGCACGAACGGCUGGUGCCUCCGCCGCCUGCGCGCCACCUGCAGCCUGUGGGCGUUCGUCCGCAUCGCGCUGGUCGAGAAGAUUUGGGAGGAAGCCGAGCUUGCCGCCGCCCACUCGACAACUGCGGCUAAUGGAGUGAUCCAUUCCCCGGUGCCCAAGCGUCCCGGGGCCGCACCGCUACCUGUGGCCACAGAGGAGAAGCCGCCUAUACCCCCACGUCGGCGGAGCAAGAUGGGCGGGCUGUGGAGCGCGCUGGGCUCGCUCGCUAACUCCUCCUCCUCCUCGUCCCUCGCCACCGCUGCACCGGAGCCGCCCAAGGAGCGCAGCCUCCCGCCUCCUCCGCCCCCGCGUGCGCACCCGAUCACGCCUCCGAGAAGCGUCAAGACCACGCCCACGCAGCCCACGCAGCCCAUAGGGCCGCCACCCAUACCGCGGCGUAACGCCAGCCGCGGGGCGAGCUCCGACGGUGGUUCGAGCCCGGAGGUGCCGACUCGUCCCCCGUUACCGCAGAGGAACUCCAGUCGGCCAGACGUACCCAGUCGCGGCCGCGCCCUGAGCGUCGUGGAGAGCGUGGAGGAGAAAAGCAUCUAUAGCAAGGACGAGAAAGCACCACCGCUUCCCCAGCCAGUCGAUGCGAAUCACGACGAGAAGACAGAACAGGUCAAGGUUCCAGACGCGGACGUUCCGGCAUCGGAAGAUGCAAAGAAAGAAGAUCCAGUCCGCGCGCCGACGCCGUCGGAGAGCCAGAGCGACGGAUUCCACACGCCUCUCGACGAGCUGUCGAGCGCACCGCUCUCCCGACAGGUGUCACAGCGCACCGACCGUUCCGAGGCUGAGACUAGCGGUACCUCUGAGCCAACUUUGGUACCCCUCCCCGAGUCCGCUAGCCAGACCCCGGUGCAGGCCGCCUUCCCUCCGAAUGUUCAAGACAACCCGACGCCGGCGACGCAUGCCCCGCCGCCUCUUCCGCCCCGUCACAUGUCGCCCGCACGGGCGGCAUCGCCAUCUCAUCAGGAGGCACCUGUGCGUCCACCCUCGAGAAGUGGCUCGGGAUCGCCAGCGCCACCUCCCAUUCCGCGCAGGGCAGCCGCUCGGGCCGCGCGGCCUUUAUCUGCGAUCGCGACAGCUCCACCAAUCACCGCGGAGGACGUCAAGGAGCCUGUAGCAGAGAAGGAGCAUCGCGAGCCAACUAAGACUACGGAAGCCGAGCCUGGGCCUGGGCCUACUGUGGACGCUGCUGCUCCUGCGUCCGAUGCGCUAGCGGAAGAUGGCCCCAAGGCAGACUCCAUCCCUGCCCCCGAGGUUGCCGAUGCGCCGAAAUCUGACCAUGCAGUUGCAGCUGCGCCCGAGGAAAAGAAGGUAGAAGCCCCUAGCACAGCGGCGGUGAACGGAUCACCCGACGUACCCAAAGCGGCCGAGGAGGCGUCGUUGUCCUCAUCUUUAACGGAGACGAGCGCGCCCAUGCAGGAGUCGACGCCACCCGCACCCCUCAAACAUGCGCCGGAGGAGACGCCGAAGGCCGAGGAUGAUGACGGGCAGUACGUGGGCGAUGCUACCUGGGAGGAGCGUGCGUGGAAGGAACUCGCGAGACUGAGGGAGGAUAUGUUCUGGGCGAGAGUCGGGGGUUUGCGAUGA